AUGGCACGCAUCACGGGGUCCCGCAUGACGCGAAGUCGGAGCCGAGAAGCAAAUGCAGCGUUUAUGCCAAAUAAGGGGUCGUUGGAGCGCAAUUGGUUAAGCGGGCUGGCUGAGGAGCCUUCUGCUCCUCCUAUCGGGUUUAUUGCACCCAGAGAUGUGGUACCAGAAUCGCCUGAAAACCAAGAAGGUAAUACCAAUGUGUCUGGUACAACCUUGUGUCCCAAUGAUGCGGAGCCCGCCGAUUCUCGAGUCACCGAUGCUCGAGUCGCCGAUAAAAUCGCGACUCACUUGCCGUUCGUUCAACAGCAGGCGACCCUUGUCAUGAGCCUGUUGGUUCACCCAGACUUCAACCCGGACAGCCUUGCAGCCGAGUCGAAAAAGCUCCUCGAUUCUGGCCACCCAAAUCGCAAACGAUUGAGGCGAUUCGUGGAAGGGCUGAUCGAUGAACUGGAAGACUGUCCUCUUUCUCGUGAUGGCAAGUCCCUAUUGGACGUCUCCCAGGCUCGUCGUUUGCUUUCUCCUGCGCAACUAGAUGCAUCAAUCACAUAUAUUUACAUGACAAAUUGCGCUCUGUUGACCCUCAACAUGUUCCUCCCCAGCAUUGGCACCGAAUCCCAGUCGGAGGUUAUCCAACAGCUGGACUCCCAGUUUCCUGCAUGUGUCUUGGGCAACCUUCCGGACAGUUCUACGCCAAAGGAACUUGGGGCGAGUGAUACUAGCGAGGCUACUUUCAAUCUUGCCUUGAGUAUCCGCACACAGUUCUUCAUCAUGGAGUUAGAAAGACGCCAAGAUGAGCAAGACUUCAGCCCACUUUCCAUCUUGAGACAGGUCUUUGCAAUAGACCUCAUUCCCAGCGAAGAUUACUCCCAGGAUAUCCCCGGUUCCUUCCGGGGGUUCAACUUGCCGGGUGUCUUUCAGGACGAGGAUGGCCAUCUCCCUGAAAAUCUUCCUGAGAAGUUUCUCAUCGCCGUCAACGACAGAUUCAAUGAACUUCACGAGGAGCUUUCUGAGUGGGACUCCGUUGAUAUUGGUGGUCUGAAAAAGGCAUAUAGAUGGCGGUCGUUUGAACGAGACCUUGCCCGUUGGAUCUAUGUUCGUGACAGCGAAAUUAAGGAAGACAUCAGACGCUUGUCAGAAAGAGUGCAUAGCUCAUCCACACCUCGUCGCCUUACUUCUGUCCCGGUCGGAACUCCCAAUCGACGAGUAUCGACAGUGCCUCCGUCUCCUCAGAAAGACCGACUGGUGAGCAUGGCACCGGAUGCAGGUAGAGUGCCCCCGUCUCCUCAGAAAGAACGACUGGUGAGCAUGGCACCGGAUGCAGCCAGAGUGCCCCAGGCAGAGACGACAACGCAGGCAGGACAGACAGUACCGGUGGAUAAAUUGCCUGAAAACAACGCUCCUCGGCCAAGUGCCGCUUCUCAAAAUGUUCCUGAAAAAAGUGUCUCCGACCAAGUCGCACGGCCGGCAGCAAAAGAUCCAGGACGGCGCAAGUCCAAAAGCAACUACCGAGACCCGGCCUCGUUCGCGGCACUCAUGAGACGCCAGGCUACUAGUCAUCAGCAACCUGUCUCGAACGAAUCGCAAGCGCAAACCAUUUCUACAAAGACAAGCAUUGUGGCCCACGUGAUUAAUCCUGGCCUUACUGCUAGUCGCGCAACCGAGGCUUUUGAAAUUCAACAAUCCCCUGAGCUGGGAUAUACAGACAUCGGGGAUGACUCUACAUACGUAAACAAUGACGAGGACUUGGAUCUCGGCCAUGGCCCGGGACCAGAUGUUAUAAUAUCAACCAGUCCCCCAAACUCCGCUCGAAUCAGUCAUGUCAGCCACAAUCCCACUCCUCGGUUAUCUGAUUCGCCCAGAGAUGGAAACCCACAGCGAUCAGUCCCGAUCGCUCGGCGCUUCCUCGAUAAGCAGAAUAAUGCUAGGGUUGUGUCGCCGAUCAGCCAAUAUGAUACUCAAAGUACUGUGUUGGGGAAGCGAAAUCGGAAUGCCGAUGUCCUAGAUGAUGACUCAACUGACGGGUCAGACGAUGAGUUCGAGCAAUAUAAUCACAACGUCGAUCCGAGGCGCAGGGUCGAAAAGUCUCCACACAAUGAACCUGCCGCGAAGCGACACCACCCCCAGGACACCGCGUGGUCUGGUGGAGAGCAGUCGCAAUCAAGUAUCAAUAGAUUGUUCCACCACAACCAGUCUAGCCAGACGCAAGUUUCUCGAAGGAUCCAGGCGGUUGAAAGUGACGAUGCCGCCACUGAUGAAGAGACCACCGUUGCACAGCUCGAACCGCCCCCUAGUACCCAGGGUCGGUGGGCAGCCUCCCAGGCUGCGAUGGCCAGGAGGAGAGUUCCGAAGACCAGCCACAGGUGGACAGAUGAGGAGGAUGAACGUUUGCUUCACCUCAUGUCAAUUUACGGCACUGCCUUUGCUACUAUAAAGAAGCAAGACAACGCUUGCCCCCCAGCUGAAGGCGGUCCCGUGCUUGAACGUCGUUCUCAGGUCAAUUGUAAAGAUCGUGCUCGCAAUUUGAAGAGAAAAUAUCUCAGAGAGGGUCGAACACUUCCACCGAACUUGGAUAAGGCAGCAGGUUGA